GUUGUCGAUCUUGAAUCAAAGUUGGGUCGCUCUGUUGUGAUAAACAAAACUACACCUGCAGCUGAAACUGGUGGUUACUACUGCGAUGUCUGUGAUUGUGUAGUUAAAGAUUCGAUUAACUUCCUUGAUCACAUAAAUGGCAAAAAUCACCAGAGGAAUAUGGGAAUGUCAAUGAAAGUGAAGCGAAGCACGUUGGAUGAUGUCAAGGAACGGUUCAAACUCAAAUUAGCUGAAAAGGAAUACGAAAAGAAACAAAAAAAUAUGGAAGAGAUAUUAGGAGAUGUAUAUGAAGAAGAAGCCAAAAUGAACGAUUACAAAAAGGAGAAGAAAGCUGAACAACGCAAACGAAAGCUGAUAGAAUCACUACCCGAGGAGGAAGAACUGGAUCCUGAGCUUAAAGCCAUGAUGGGUUUUGGUGGUUUUGGGACUUCGAAAAAGAAGUAG